AAUGUGAGGCUGUGCUUUGCUGUGAUAAGAUUUUGUGUAAAAUAAUGAAUUUGAGGAAUUGAUCUUCCCUGUAUGUUUGUUAGCUAGCCAGACAGUUUUAGAGGAAUGAUUCCAUUAAUUGUUCAAAUUAACUGCCAAUAUUCCAACAUUCCAUUAAAACAAUGUAGCCAAUCCACAGCCAGACACUGUCUGACAUCAUGAUGGGACUUAGACAAGUUGUAAAUGCAACAAGUACUGAUAUUGUAUCAUAUAAUAGCACUCACAGCUUUUCAAGAAAACGAAAAAUGUGACAUUUAUGGUCUGGUUACAUUUAUUUUUUGAGUCUAUCUAUUGACAAAAUGUGUAUAAAACCUGUAUAAACUGUAUUUUUAAUUAUAUAACAAUAUUUUAGGUUGACAAUUAUAUUACACCAUUUCUGGUCAAAUGCCUUACUUUUAUUUUCAUGCAUAAGUAAAAUCAGAAUUAUACUUAGACAGCCAUUCGUUCCAAUAAGACGGGUUUGGAUUUCUCCCUGACGAAUAUGGCUGCCAUUUUUACGCCAUUCUGGAACCUUGAGGGUUUAUCACAUAUACUCCACCUCUUGUAAUUUUAUAGGAUCUCUGGGGUCAGCACCAGAUUGCUGUAACAUAAUGACGUGGUAAGCAGAUAUGUCAAAUGUCUAUCCAAAUGUCUGAGCAGAUUGCAGAUCAAAUAAUAUAAAAUAAUAAUCUAACUAUUUAUCUAACUAUAAUCUUUACUAUUUUAAUAAACAAUUAAAUAACAAUCAUAGGCUUAUAUGGCUUAAUAGUGUGUGCGUUAUUUUAUUUUUUAUAAAUCUCGGCUAUAUAGUCUGUUAUUUUAAAUAGACUACCAAGUAUUUUCUAUCACGAGCGGUCAGGGGCUUGAGCGCGUUCUUUCAUGGUUUCCAUGACAGCAUCAUCUGUCGUGAGGAAGUGGAAAGCUGGACAGAACUACAUUCAUUGUAGCUCAAAGAAAAUAAAGCAUUUUUUAUAUUUAAAGAGUAAAGAAGACGUAUUUUUUUCUUCCGAAGUUUGGAAGUUUAGAAGGCAUAUGGACUCGGACAACGAGAAGCCUCGCAAGAAGCGGAGACGGCCGCACUGGGUUGUGAGAGGCCUCGGGCCGAGUUUUACUGUCUGCUUGGGUUUCGUAAUAAGCGUGCUGUACAUCACUUUCCCGUGCGCUUGGUUGGCUACUCAUGUUUCAGUGGCCUAUCCUGUGGCCUCUGCGAUGUUACUAACUGGGACCUUGAUAACUUUCCUGGUGUCAAGUUUCAUGGAUCCUGGCAUUCUCCACCAAGGCCCCCCAUGGCCAGGCACAGUAGAGGUGGCCUAUGUGGUAGUGAAUGGUCAGAGGUAUGAUAUGGACUGGUGCAGUAGGUGUGAGAUCUACCUUCCCCCUGCUGCAUGGCACUGCCGUCGCUGCAAUGCGUGUGUGGACCGGUUCGACCACCACUGUGAGUGGCUGAAUAACUGCGUGGGGAGACGUAACUACCGUGUGUUCCUGCUCUUCCUCCUUCUGCUGACGUCAUACCUGCUCCUGGUCCUCUCCUCCUCACUGUUCUACCUCUUCCUCACCCUCCUCACCCUGCACCAGCCCUUCAGCCUGCCCCACGCCACCACUGUGGUCGUCAUGGUUACCAGCCUGGCCUGUGUGCUCUUGGUCUUGGUUAUACUCUUCAGCAACAUCAAGCUGAUCUCCAAUGGAGAGCCAUCCUCUACUAUAGAGCCCUACUUUGUGCCUGAUGAUAAGAACCCGUUUGAUCAGGGCUGCUGGAAGAACUGGACCGGCAUCCUCUGUUCCCGGACUGGACCCAGGUAUCUGGGGGCUGUGAAGCCCAGCAGAAGAGGAGACACUGAGGGGGACUGGAACAGUCUAACCCUUCUCCAUCAGGAGGACCAGUACAGCUGCAGCUCAGUCCCCUGUUGUAAUACUUGUAAACAUCACAAGGUGGCGGAAGGCCCAGCCAGCCCAGGCCAUUUCAAGCACAGCACACUGAGUCUUGACAGUCUGAAGGAAGGGAGAGGGUGUCGAUGCUGCUACAGGGAAGUAGUACCGGCCGGCUGUGUGACAACAGACAAACACAGCGACAACAACAAGCCCUCACAGAGCUCUGCUGUGGAGAUACCAGAUAUGUUGGCUGCUGGUGAUGAGGACUUGGACCAGGAACGGGAUGGAGUUCUGAUCAGAGCUGCAAAAUAGCUUUACAUCCUGACCACCAGAGGGAGCUGGGUAGACAACCACACCACAACACCAGCCCCAGGCCUGGACCACCUCAACACCAUAACCAACACCAGCCCCAGGCCUGGACCACCUCAACCAACACCAGCCCCAGGCCUGGACCACCUCAACCAACACCAGCCCCAGGCCUGGACCACCUCAACACCACAGCAUAACCAACACCAGCCCCAGGCCUGGACCACCUCAACACCACACCAUAACCAACACCAGCCCCAGGCCUGGACCACCUCAACACCACAGCAUAACCAACACCAGCCCCAGGCCUGGACCACCUCAACACCACCAGCCCCAGGCCUGGACCACCUCAACACCACCAGCCCCAGGCCUGGACCACCUCAACACCACCAGCCCCAGGCCUUAUUAACCACUUCAACAGAACAUCUGAACGUACACAGACAGAAACACACUAGGGACCCAUCUAUAGGUUUAAACACUAACCCAAGACAUCUGAGAGAGAGUGGGAGAGAAAGAGAGAAAGACAGG